UUUUCCAUUGCACGACAUCCGUGGAACCUAAAUAAAAUCAAGAAUGAAAUGUAAAUGUAAAGCGUUACUAGAAUUAUUGAAUAAUUAUUUUAUAAUCUAGUAAAAUUUGUGAUCUUCGCGGAAAAGUAAUAUAUUUAAAACGGGGAAGGCACGAGAUUACUGAAGUUAUUAAUUUUUGUUUAAAUUAGUAAAAACCUGCAGCUAUGUCGGAGACAGAAAAUGUAUGUCGUCUCUGCUUGAAAAUUGUACCCUCCAAAAAUUGUUUACCAUUAGAUGCAAAUUUUACUGAAAAGUUACAACUGCUUCAACCUGAUCUGAAAUUAACAUCGCCAGUGAAUUCAGUCUUCUGUAAUAUAUGUAAGGAAUCUUUAGAAGAAUCCCACAAAUUAAAGCGCACCUGUUCCUCUAGUAAUAAAUUGAUAAGAUUCUUAAGGAACUAUCUUGGAAUAAAACAUUCCGUUGAACUUAAGGAACUGAUUAAAGGCAAAAAUAAAAAAGAUGAGAAUUGGCCAAGGAAUGAGCAUGUGUGCAGAAUAUGCCUAAAGAGUAAUGAGGGUGGUUAUAAGAGCAUCAAGGAUGCAAAGACUGAGUUUGCUUCAAUUUUAGAAUCAUGUUUAUCAACUUUGGAUGAAAACUUGACCACAAACCCCUUAAUUUGUAAAUUAUGUAUCGACACAUUACAUAAAACCUGUGACUUUAUAAAAAAGUUCACUGAUGUAGAAAAUAAAGUUAAAUCAUACUAUGGAAAGUUUCCAUCAGAGACAGUCGAUUUAUUUAAAGUUUUAAAAUGCGAUACUGAGAACGAAUCACAUUCUUGUUUGCAAAUCGAGGAAGAAGAUGAGAAACAUGUUCCUAAUGAAAAAAUAGAAAGCAGAAAGCGCCCUUCUUCAGUGGAUUUCAAUGAUGAUUCGGCAAAAAAACAAAAAAUAGAUUCUGAUUCUAAUGAUGAGGAAGAAGACCUUGUAUUUGAAUCAGCUUACGUGGAGCAAGACGAUCCAAGUAAUUCGAGCGUGGCUAUUAAUGAGCUCCCCUUUUUUGACUUCAGUUUAGGCACCGUAUUCGCACCGUACAGAAGAAAAAUUGAUAUCAAAGACUGGACAAAGCAAGUUGAAGAGAUGAAGGCUAAAAUGAAAUGGUCUGAUUCCACGGCGAAGCACAAAGUCCUAGGGGCGAUGACAAAAAUGCCACGGCUGCGUUCAUGGUUUUCUAGCGUUGCCGAUGUUAUAAGUUGGGAAGAAUUUAAAGAAAAACUCACACACGCCUUUGCAAAUCAUGACGAUUAUUACUUUAGUAUCUUAAAGAUGGUUAAUAGAACGAAAAGGCAAGAUGAAACUUAUGUUGAAUACUACAAUGAAAAGCUAGAUAGGCUGAAACCAUUGAAUUUUUCUGAGGAACAGAUAAUGUCUUGCCUGCUAGGCGGUAUAUCUGACGCCUUCACCAAUUGUAUCGCUAGAAUCGGGCACUACAAAAAGCGAGAAGAAUUACUCACAUUUUUUAAGACAUGCGACGAAAAGAAAGACAUGCAGUAUUCCAAAAAGAAAGCUGGAAAGGCAAACAAAUUACUUAAUGAGCAUGUUAAAGCGCCAACUCAAGGUAAAGGUGAAUCCAGCAUGGAUUGCUCUCCCAGCGCACCCAAAAAGAACCUAAUUGUAUUACUGGAAAAAAACAAGUUUAAUGUUACUAGUACAAAAGAACAUCAGAAGCAAAAUGAUGAAAGCCGGAAGACGUCAGAUCAGAUAUGUUCCUGUUGCGAUCAAAAAGGACACUUGAGCGUAAAUUGCCCCCUUAUUAUGACCGAUAAAACUCCUCAUGUAAUAAAAACUGAGCAAACAGAGAAAGCGGCCAUGGAUCGCGACCAGGGAAACAGUAAUUUAAUCAUCGUGCAUGAAAAUAUACUGAUUUCAGACGAAAAGUCUAGAAAAACCGAAAAUUUGUCCACUGCUGAUAAAAAAUCUCCAGAAACUGUUGAAAAACAAUCGACACAUCAGAAAGAAAGUAAAGUGCAAGCCCCACCGAAAUCAGACCAGCUCCAGAAAUGCGCUUGUUGCGACAAGGAAGGGCAUUCCAGUAUGGAUUGUCCAUUAAUCAGAGAUAAAGUGGAAGUCCUUCAGACCAAAGUGGAAGUCCUUCAGACUCAUCGACAGGAGAACUCUGCCAAGAAGUCUAAUAAGAAUUCAGAUAGGGGAUGUCAAUCAAACAACUUAAUCGUAGUGCAUGAAGAUAAGUCCGAUUCUAAGCCUACAGAGGCUAAAGAUAAGGAAGACCAAAACAAGGGGAAAUGUUCCUAUUGUGACAAACUGGGACACUCGAGCUUGGUUUGUCCUCUCAUUGGCAGCGAGGGGACCUCUCGUCGAGGCAAUAUUAAAAUUGUGUUGGACAAAGACCGUUUGAACAAACCCCCAAGUAAUAGUCCCCCUGUAUUGGUUAAAGAUGAUUUAGUUUGUGAAAUGGUACAAAGUAAACCACCUUCAACUUCGAAAGAAGGAGUCGGCAAUCAAGAGAAAUGUUCCGGCUGCAAUAAAGCGGGACAUCGGACCAUAGAGUGUCCUCUCAUCAGGCCUAACAAGAAGCCUGAAGAAAAACAAAGUCAAAAUAAUCAACUGAAAUGUUCUGGCUGCAAUAAAGGGGGACAUCGGACCAUAGAAUGUCCUCUCAUCAGACCGAACAAGAAGCCUGAAGAAAAACAAAUUCAAAAUAACCAACUGAAAUGUUCCAGCUGCAAUAAAGCGGGACAUCGGACCAUAGAAUGUCCUGUCAUCAGACCUAACAAGAAGCCUGAAGAAAAACAAAGUCAAAAUAACCAACUGAAAUGUUCCGGCUGCAAUAAAGCGGGACAUCGGACUAUAGAAUGUCCUCUAAUCAGACCGAACAAGAAGCCUGAAGAAAAACAAAUUCAAAAUGACCAACUGAAAUGUUCAAACUGCAAUAAAGUAGGUCAUUUGCGCAUGAACUGCCUUCUUAUUAGAGUUAGUGAUGGUACCGAAAAUGACGAAGCCAACAAGUCACCUCAAAAAAAUAAACGCUUGUGUCUGUGCUGCAACCAAAUGGGACAUUCCAGCCUAGAUUGCCCACUCCUGGGAAUUAACAAGCAGAACCUGCUCCAACAAAGCGGGGAUAAAGAUAACAAGUACGUGCCGAAAAAUGUCAACAGGGCGUCGUGCUCAACCGUAAAUACCGUGCGGCCGGAGGAGAAAUGUUCCUGCUGCAAUAAGCUAGGUCACGCGACGGUGAACUGCCCAUUUUAUAGUUUCUUCCACAGAAACAAAUAUGAGGCUAUGGAUAGAGAAAAGUUACAGAUAGCGAAGAAACAGCAAGAGAAUCCGCAGCAAUCCACAUCUCAGAAACGAGCCGACGCUGAUUCGGCAAAUCAGAAAUGCUGUUUCUGCGAUAAAGUUGGUCACUCUAGCAUAGAGUGCUUUCAGAUUAGAUUCGAAGAAAAACACUCCCAGGGGAACACUUCGGCAGCAACCCCGUCGCAGUUGCCUAAGGCUGUUCAGUAUGUAUCUGAAAGCAGCGCCCAAGUACUUCCGGAGCAGAAUAAAGGGAAUCAAAACGUGCUGACAUGCGAAUUCUGCGGCAGGGUAGGCCACAGACUGUCAGAAUGCUUUGUUGCUAGAUUCGACAGGAACAUUUAUGAGGCCCACCAUACAGCUGGUAACACAACAUCUCGCCAGUGCCUCUACUGCGGCAAAUUCGGCCACCUGCAAUACGACUGUCCCAAGAAUAAAACAGCGUCAAAGAGGGCUACUGGUUUUCAAAGGUCUCGGCCGGGAUCCUCAAGACAUUAACAUUGUUUAUCAGUAUGAAGCAUUGGAUCUUUUUUGGAAAACACAUCGUAAUAAGCGCAAGUUCUACAUUAAGGUAUAAAAAAAAAAUGGAUUUAUUUGUUUUAUAAUAACUGAAGAAUUCGUAAUUUUUUUAUUAGACAUAUGUAUAUUAUAUAUUUGCAACGCUUCUUUUAACAGUCGUCACAUCAAAAGAAAAACAUUAGUAGACAUAAUUGUGUAUUCUAAAACAUUCCUUUUUCUGCAACUUUAAAAUAAAAAUUGGUAAUUGUUAAUCAUUAAUUCUUUUCUAGUAUACCAAUAAAUUGAAAAAUCAAAGAAAUGGCAAAGAAUUUGAACAUAACAUUUGUCUUUCUGAUAAAAAAUUUGCAUGCAUUUUCAAUUUGAUCAUUUUAUGCAACACUGCAAAUAGUUAUAAAAAUACAUAAUGUAAACAUUUUUUAUGAAUUAAUUUAUUAUUUAAAAACACAAUACAAUUGUUAGUGUUUGUGGACUGGUAAAACAUUUGAAAUUAAAUUUUAAGUUCAAAAUGUACAGUGUGUCUAUAUAUAUAUGCUUUAAAAUUUUGGAUACAUCUAAUUUUUAUCAAUAAUAAUUGAAAUUAAUUAAUACAAUUUUUGUCUUUAACAAAAGCUGUUGUACCUAGAAAGAAAUAGGUACCUUGUAUAUAAGAAAUUGAAAAUAUAUAAUCUGUUUCACUUUAUUUGCUUUAAAAUCAGUUUGUAUUGCCUUGUAUAUCUUCUGGCCGUGUUUAUCUUCAUUAUAAUUAUUACUUAUACUGCUGUUUGCUGUAUCUUAUGUAAACUAUCUUAGAAAUAUAAUAAAUGUUCAAGUAUUGUCUGUAA